AUGCAACUAAUAAUAGGAAUAGUUGUCAUUCUUGGGGAAUCUUAUAUUCAAUUGUCAUCAUAAAAUAGGAAUAUUUUGUUGAAAUAUAAAUGCCUUUAUUGAAAAUGUACCCACAAUACUAUACUAGAAUUAUAGUUUAGGCUUAAUAGAUCAUUUUAGGUACAUUCUGAUGCAGAGAAAACAACCCUUUAACUUGUCACUGUAGAAAAGUUAUUUGUGCAACCAGUUAUUAGGAAAAGCAUUAUUUUUCGUAAUGAGCGAAAUACGCAAUAUUUUUUCUAAUUUUAAAUAAGAUGUUGCUAUGAAUUGAUUAACCUUAAUAUCCUAAAUGAUUUUAGGAUAUAAACUUGAGAAAUAGACAAGAGUAUUUUUUUAGAAUAAGUAAAUAUAAGUUUUUCAUCAUCAGACAGCGAUUUUCCCAGGAUUUUUGAAGGUUCAAGGCAAAGAGUAACACAAAAAGAAAUCUAUGAAAAAUCCAACCAUAGAUGAAAGAUUUUAUCCAUACCAUAGACUUCUCAAUAAUAUUUUUAGUUCUAUGACUCUUAGACACUAAUAUUCUAUGCACAUUUCAAAAAUACCAAUCCGUUGCCAUGGAAUUCGCCAAAUAAAUAUUCAUCGUUGGUUCGAUAAAGAUGGAGAGCCUUCAAAAACCUCAGAUUAUCUGUCACAGCGUGCAAAACCUAGAUUAUUCGGUGCAUGACGUGAAAUGGAUACCUUGUUCGGCGAAAUUUGUCGCGAUUGGGGGCAAGUCGAACGGGGCCGGGGUCGUGGAAACUUUCACCCUUGGAUGCGACGGUAUCGAGAAGGUUUCGGAGUUCAUGAAGAAGGACCACUUCAAAUGUGGCACGUUCGACGCUUCCAGUCUGAGGGAUCGUCAUCUGGCGACUGGGGACUUCGGAGGUCGUCUUCAGGUUUGGGACUUGGAAGACACGCUGAUACCAGUUUAUCAAACGACAAAACACAAAACUGUGAUCAAUGCUAUUGACGGAGUAGCUGGGACUGGAAGCAAUUGUGGAGCACCUGAAAUAGCUACUGGCUCUAGAGAUGGGUCCGUAAUGGUCUGGGACGUGAGGCAGAAGGACGAGCCAGUGGCUAAGUUCAUGCCGGUUGAGGGUACCGCUGGAAGGGAUUGCUGGGCGGUAGCCUUCGGAAAUUCCUACAACGACGAGGAGAGGGUCUUGGCCGCAGGGUACGACAAUGGCGACAUCAAGAUAUUCGACCUGAAGAACAUGAAAUUGAGAUGGUCGAAACACCUGAAAAAUGGCGUGGUCGGAAUUCAGUUCGAUCGCAAAAACAUCAAGAUGAACAAACUUGUGGCGACAACGUUAGAAUCGAAAUUCUACUGUUUCGACGUGUCCACGCAUCAUCCAAGGAAAGGUUUCGCCUUCACCACCGAGAAAGCUCACAAUUCAACGGUUUGGUCGGCCAAGCAUCUACCCCAAAACAGGGAGAUAUUCAUGACGACUGGAGGAAAUGGGACCUUAUGCCUAUGGAAAUAUAACUAUCCCGAUAGGAGGGUGGAGAAAGAUUCCGAUGGAAUAGAAUAUGGAGUAGCUGGAGAAUUAUCACUGUUGCAAAAUAGUGUGCUGACCGAGCAGCCCAUAACUGGUUUCGAUUGGUGCAAAGACAAAUUGGGAUUAUCCGUUUGUUCAGCAUACGAUCAAUCAGUCAAAGUUUUAAUUACAACCAAACUGAACCUUUAUUGAUACACACAUUCUGUUUAUUGUAUUAUAAUAAUAUAAUAUAUUUAG